CUUCAGGACAAAGAACAAGAAGAUCUCAUCCUCAUCCGCCAUUAAAGCACUCCUCUCUCUAUAUAAACUGCUUCAGUUGCUCCGUGUUCUUUCUCCCUCCGUUGCUCUUGUUUUUGUAUUCGGUGUAUGUUGUUGUUGUUGUUGUUGUUGUUGUUGAUGAGUUUUUGAGGGAAGCGUGAAGAGAUCAUGCCGAUUGCGUUGGAUAGUAAUCGGAGGUUUGAAGCGUCUGGAUUAGCGCGUGGAGGAGUGACGGCGACCGCAGUCUUAGAUUCUAUGGAUGAGCGUAGAGAAGUGAACGCGGCGGUGGAGGGAGAGGCGGAGGUGUGUAGUUCGUCUUCGACUUCGUCGAUCGGGCAGAAUAGCGAUCUGAGUGGGAGGUCAGGAUCGGAAGACGAGGAAAAUGAGGUUCAAAGCAAGUAUAAGGGGACACUUGAUUCCAUGGAGGCUCUCGAGGAGGUUUUGCCUAUUAGGAGGGGAAUAUCGAAUUUCUACAAGGGCAAAUCGAAAUCCUUUACAAGUCUGGCUAUGGCUGCCUCUGACUCUGUCGAAGACAUUGCAAAAGCAGAGAAUGCAUAUACGAGGAGACGCAGGAAUUUACUUAGCUUCAAUCUUCUAUGGGACAAGAGCAGAAAUUCCUCUCACAGAAAUGGUGGAGGUGGGAUAUCUAAGAGACCAAUCAGCACCAGCCGGAGCACUGUGGCACUCGCAAUGGCUUUGAGCAGCUCAGAGAGCAUCAGUAACACAAGCGAUGAUUCGAAUUCAAGUUCAUAUUCAAGAUCACCUCCUAGUCUUCCACCUUUGCAUCCACUUUCCAGGGCAUCUUAUAAUAACUUAGCAGCCUCUGCUUCAUCAUCACCAUUGCCAUCUCCUCCUCAACAAAAGUUCUCUCCUUGGCGGUCCUACUCGUUGGCUGACUUGCAACAAGGUCCCAUUCCAAUGUCAAAUACAAAUCCAUAUCGCUCUUCAUCAGCCAGCGACGAACGACAAUAAUGGUAGGCUGUUUCAUAACGAGAAUGCAUAUGAGCAUAGUUUUUGGAAGUCGAAGAUGUUAUUGUCUUGUAUCUGGUAAGUAUGGCAUCCAUGAAAACAGCAAUGGUAUUCUCUCUUACCACAUGAGAAUUUAAUGAAGCCCAUCUUUCUAUGACUUUUGGAUUGCCAUUUAAAUUUGUAUGGAUGUCUUGAGAAACUUUGUCUUCCACAUCUAAUGAUUGGACUUCCUGUCUCGAAAAGGUAGACUUGACGCUUAAGAACUGUUUCCCCAGCUA